UCGGCUCAGCUUGGCAGCAAGUUGCUGGCAACAGGCGCGCUGCCUGCUCCGGUCCAGCCUGCUCACUCUGCCACCACCAUGGUCGCCAUGCCCACCGCCUGGUGCUCCAUCGCUCUAGCCCUGCUCGUGGCCCUGCACGAAGGCAAGAGCCAGGCCGCUGCCACCCACACCCCAGAGCAGCCAGCGCCCUUGCCCCAUGCCCGAGGCUCCCACCCGCGGCCUCGCCGUUGCUCCUGCAGCUCCUGGCUCGACAAGGAGUGCGUCUACUUUUGCCACCUGGACAUCAUCUGGGUGAACACUCCCGGACAGACAGCUCCUUACGGCCUGGGAAACCCGCCAAGACGCCAGCGCCGCUCUCUGCCAAGGCGCUGUGAAUGCUACAGCGCCAGGGACCCCGCCUGUGCCACCUUCUGCCAUCGAAGGCCCUGGACUGAAGCUGUGGCAGUCCCAGGCAGCGGGUCCUCUGCAGCCGUGUUCCAGGCUGACAAGACAUGGGCCACAGCAGGAGAGCUCCUCCAGCAGCUGAGGGACAUUUCUGCAGCCCAGAUCCGCUUUGCUAGGCAACAGCAGAAAGCAACAAGGGAGCCCAGGCCUACACACUCCAGGUGGAGGAAGAGAUAG